AUGAGAGAUGAGAAGGCAUCCUUACAGAGAGCUGUUAUUGGACCUUCUACUGACUCAUUUUCUGGUAGUGAUGGAACUCGGGCAGCUCCAUACUCACCUCAAUAUCUGGGCCUCGGGGACCGCAGACAUCUCGCCUCCACCACUCCACUAUUCCACCAACCCGAUAGCACGAUCUUGAUCCUCGCGGAACUCAUAUACCACCUCAUCCACGUGCUCAUCUACCGCCCUUUCCUGCCCAUUGACCUCGCUGAGCUGGCGGGGACGGGACAACACCAGAGCUGGCAGAUCGAAGCCACCAACCUCUGCUUUCUCCACGCCAACGCCAUCGCCGAGCUCGUCGAACUCGGCCGCCAAGCCGGCUCCACCGAAUGGCCCGCCUUCACCUCGCACUCCGACGAAGUCUUCUCCUCCUCCCCCGACCUGCUCUCGCGCUCCAUGCACCAGCUCUCCGAACUGCGGUACACCUGGGCCCUCGUCCAGCACCAGCGCGACACGCUGCAGGCGCUGUACGCGCGGCAUGCGUAG